AUGCUUGCUGGCCUCAACCUCCUUCCCUCUACCUCCGAGUCUCAUAUCGUUAAAUACAACUUGCACUUCUACGCAUCUCUCUUCCACUCUACCAACCAUCUCUCUUCUCUCAUACUCCCUCAAACCUGCCAAUCGUAUCUUUCUAUCCUUACUCAGUGUCUUCCAAUCAUCGUCUUGCACUCAUUAAGCUUCAAAAACUGUCUAUCUUGCAAUUUCAAGCGAGCUUCUCAGUGUUAUUGUGACUCAAGUAAAUCGUCGCGAGGAUGUCGCCUCAGUUUCCUGGUGCUCCUGCUGACGCUACUGGUCAUUACACCGAGAUGCAGAGUACUAUGCUCCCUCUGCCAUCCUCUCCUACGGCUAUGGAAGGUCUCGCAACUCCUCAUGAGCAAGGAGCAAAUGUCUCGCUCGAACGCCGCGACCUCAUCCCGACUUACAAUGCCAGUGGCUAUGGAAACAUCCACCGUCAAGUUGAUGACCAAGGCGACGAGUCUCAAUUCUCUGGGAUCUUCGAAAGGGCCGUUGAGACUCGCAACAAGGGUCAGCUCCAUGCUUAUUUCUGGAGAAAUACCACUGCGUCUCCCAUUCCUCCUAGUAUCAAUUCUGUUCUUGAAGUAUUCCCUGUCCAGCAUCACAACAACACACCCAGGGUCCAACACAUUGACGAAGGAAAUGCGCAUCAUGGCGUUGGCGGCUACAAUGCCCCUGGCUAUGAAAAGAAAGAUGAUAUGCCCAGCUAUGGCAACGCCUCUGCUCAGCACCACGAUGUCUCAGUUAAGUCUAUCGAUGUUGGCAGUUCCGAUAUCGAAGCCCAUGGGAACACAGAUCCUGCUUGCACUGGUGGCACAUAUGAUGCUCAUCACGAUGUGGAGACGAUCGGAAGCCAUACGUCCGAAAGCCUCAAUGCUCGCACUCCCGUCGCUCAAGCCUACGUCCAAGCUGUCGAAGAACCUGCAAAGAAACCAACUCCUACCUUUGCCAAACAAUCGGACGGAGGUAGAAGAAAAAAUGGCAACCAUGGCCAAAGCUGGUAUGUCCUCGUUCUCGUCAAUCCCUUCCCACCACAGUGGACUUCUAAUGACCUUUAUCGAAUAUGCUAGGAGCGAGCCAGUUCAUUCAGACUUAUCCGGAGAGAAAGACGAAAGUUCCGAAACACAGUCCACUUCCCAAAGGAAUUCGGGUGACAACACUCCUCCAUCCGCAAAUAUCGAAUCCUUUAUUGACCCUGCACUUACCGAAUCGACUCGGAACAAUGUUCCCAAAUCUGGGUCUGCCAACAUGACAUCUCAUACGGCUCACAAUGCCGAAAAGGCGUACGGGACACCUGCUGACAGCCAGGAGGCACAGCUGGCGUAUCCCUCUAGCAGUCAGGGCGUUCCUACUUCCAUGCAAGACCAGUCCCAAGAAGACUCGAAUGGUUUGGCUGUUCUCAAUCGUCCUAUGAACAACCAGGCACACCAGUCCCCAACCAUGCAACAAUCGCAACACCGAUCUUCGAGCUCCGCUGCGGCUCCAAAUAAUGUUGAUCAAAGCCAAGAACAUCUUGCGCGGAAUAUCUCUAAUGGGCAACAGCAGAUUCAGACCCGACCAGUUAACUCUAUGAGACCUGCCCAAGGCAAGGCACCUCAAACCCCACUUACAUCUGUGGUCCCCGCGGCCGCUCCCAACGACUAUCAUAGCAGCGAGGCACCUCCGGCCUUCUCAGAGCAAGUCCCGUCUGAUUCAGCUGCUGACGGAUCUAGAAAACUAACAGUUGUGGAGCAACUGUUUCCGCCAAUCAAUGCAAUACCCGGAUUACCGACCUCUCAUGAGCUUAUGAACCCCGAGUGGAGCAGACCAGAAAUACAAACCACUGGAGUACAAACCAAGUUCUCAUCCUUUGAAGAUGCGAUGAGUGCGCUCAAUUCUCCCAAAGGACCUCCUCGCGACCCGGAUUUGGUAGUCUUGCCAGAGCAACAAUUGAUGAUCGUUAACUCUUUUUUACGGGCAAUGAUGAACCUCGAAGAGGUCGACGACAAGGAUAAAACCACACUUGUGUGGAAGAAAAUUAUGCGAAGAAGACCUGUGGAAAUCGAGGCCGCCUGCUGGAAUGUGUUGGAAAAGAUGAUCCAUUAUCAUCGCACAACGCCAUUGCCACCUCCCAAGGAGGUAAAGAAGGGGGGCAACAAAGGGCGCAAGAGUAAAGAGGAGAAGGACAAGGAGGAGGAGGACGAUGACGAAGAGGAUGAGGAAGAGAAGAAGAAAAACAGAGAUCCCGCCAAAACCGGGGCGCUACUCUCCUUCCCGGACAGGGCUGCGGCCAUUGUCCGCAUCUUCCACACCAACAAGUCGACGUGUAAGCGGAUGUUAGACUACCAUUGCAAAUACGUCAGCGAAUUUGUGGACGUCCCGCUGGAGUGUCUGCUCCGCUGCCGCGCGAACAUUAUUGUCAACGAACACAAGGGAGGGCAGAUCAAGACUGGAAGAGCCGUCGAGGCAGCGGCAAAAACAGAGGCGGGUGGGGGAAAAAGGAGAACGGGAAAGGCCACCGGAAAGGCGACCAGAAGAAAGGCGAAGGGAAAGGCUGAGGCGGAGGCUGAGGCAGAACCGCCAGUCGGCGGAGGUUCUGCUGACGAAGCCCAUGAAGUCGAGGACGCCGAGAAGGCCGGAAAUGACUCUCAAGAAAUUGUCGCUGUCCAGGAUCAAGACACUUCAGGUCAGCGUGGCCCCUUAUAUGCUUCGGCGGCACGCGGGCAGUCAAGCUAUGCGCAGAACGAUCAGUCAAACUACGGCCACAACGGACAGUCAAGCUCUGCGCACAACGGACGGCACUCGCGGGGUUAUUCCAUGCAAGGUCAGGACAGUACCGGGUACAACCGAGUUAUGAGCAAUGCCGAACACAACCAAGGCAUGACCUAUACAGGACAGUACCAAGGUGUGACCAAUGCCGGGCACAACCAAGUCAUAAGCAAUCACGGACACGUCCCAGGCAUGACCUAUACAGGACAGUACCAAGGUGUGACCAUUGCCGGACACAACCAAGGCAUGAACAAUGACAGACACGUCCAAGGCAUCACAUACACAGGACAGUACCAAGGUGUGACCAAUACCGGACACAUCCAAAGCAUGACCUAUAACGGAUACAACAAUAUUGGCACCGGCGUGUCUAAUACCGGCCAAAUCCAACGCACGAUUAACACCGGACAAUUACCUCCUACAAACACCAGUGGACUUCACCCAAGCAUGAACAUGGACAUGGCCCCCAUGGAUCUGACGCUGGAAGCCUCCCUUCAUUCCUAUGGAUCACACUCCGAAUAUGAACAGCACAGCAUAUCUCCUGAUUUCAGUGCAGCCGCUUGUCCGACUACUGGCGUUUUGAAUUCUCACACGUCAUCAAUGGACCCUUCCCUGUGGGCAGCAAACACGAACUGCGAGAUGCCGCUGUCGCCUCAACUGCCUCAAAUGGCAACUUUUUAUCAGCCGACUUUGAAUCCCACUUCAACGGUUGGCCCGAAUCCCAUCGUUUCGAGAAGCAUGGGAUUGAACCCUGGUUUGCCGCCAAACAACCAAAUACGCGGCCGCAAGCGAGGAUCAGCCGAAACUGGAGCCGAUGAGAACGGCACUCGUACCAAGAGACGUCGCUAG